AUGUAUGUUGCUUCUGCUCGAAGACACAUACGCGCGAAGGAGAGAAAAGAGGAAGAGAUGGUCGAUGGAAGGAGAGAACGAUGGUUGGUAGUUGCACGUCAUCCAAGAAAGAUGCAUCGUACCGCUCACGGCAAUGUUGAGAAGAUCGAGAGAGUGAAGGCAAUGCCACAGUCUGCCACCCUGGCGACACAGCUGGGUGCAGAGCUGAAAGCGAGAAUUCUCCCGCAGCGUGGAGACGCGGCACUCGCUCCGCAUAAAUCAUUCUGCUUCUGCUUGCAACAGGGAGGCGAAAAUAGAUGGUGUUCCCCUCCUACUCCUUCUCUUCUGUCGCAUCCACCAACUCUCCCUCUCUCUACAACAAACUGUGCUUAUCUUUACACAUAACUAUAUAUAUAUAUAUAUAUUUAUUUAUUUUUUCCUUUUUUUAUUUGCACAUUUUGUACGGGUACAAAAAAGCUUUUA